AUGCUGGACUUCGCCAUCUUCGCCGCCACCUUCUUGCUCAUCCUGGUGGGGGCCGUGCUCUACCUCUACCCGGCUUCCAGGCAGGCUUCGGGUAUCCCAGGAAUGACUCCGACUGAUGAAAAAGAUGGGAACCUCCCGGAUAUCGUCACCAGCGGCAGCUUGCACAAGUUCCUGGUAAAUCUCCACGAGAAAUACGGCCCUGUCGUCUCCUACUGGUUCGGGCGGCAUCUGGUCAUCAGCCUGGGGUCCAUCGACGUCCUGAAGCAGCAUAUCAACCCCAACAGGACCUCGGAUCCCUUUGAAACGAUGCUGAAGUCCUUGCUGCGAUAUCAGUCUGGCCUCGGUGGAGACGUGGGGGAGAGCUGCCUACGGAAAAAGCUGUAUGAAACGGGGGUGGCCAAGUCACUGCAGAGCAACUUCGCUGUCAUCCAGGAGCUGUCGGAAGAGUUGCUAACAAAAUGGCUGUCCGUCCCCGAGUCUCAGCACGUGCCGCUCAGCCAGCAUAUGUUGGGGUUUGCAAUGAAAGCAGUGACCCAGAUCGCAAUGGGAAGUAGGUUUGAAGACGACCAGGAAGUAAUCCGAUUCCGCAAGAACCACGAUGCGAUAUGGGCAGAAAUUGGAAAAGGGUUCUUGGACGGGUCACUUGACAAAAGCGUGACCAGAAAAAAGAUGUACGAAAAUGCUCUGAUGGAGAUGGAGCUGGUCUUGAAGAAAGUCAUCAAAGAGAGACAGGGCAGGAGCGUCAACCGGGAGAUCUUCAUUGACUCUUUGCUGCAGGGCAACCAGACUGACAAGCAGAUACUGGAAGACACUAUGAUAUUCUCCCUGGCAGGAUCAAUAAUCACCGCCAAGUUGUGCACUUGGGCAGUGUACUUCUUGACUACUUCCAAAGAAGUUCAACAAAAGCUUUACAAGGAGGUGGAUCAAGUUCUUGGAAAGGGCCCUAUUACAUAUGCGAAAAUCGAGCAGCUCAGAUAUUGCCGGCAGGUUCUGUGUGAGACCGUGAGGACGUCGAAGCUGACACCAAUUGCUGCCCGUCUUCAGGAGCUGGAGGGCAGGGUUGACCAACACAUUAUUCCCAAAGAGACUCUGGUGCUGUAUGCCCUUGGGGUGGUGUUGCAAGACAGCUCAGCCUGGCCAAUGCCCUACAAAUUUGAUCCAGAUAGAUUCAAUGAUGAUGCUGCCAUGAAAAACCUUUCUCUCCUGGGCUUUUCAGGGAAUCAACAGUGCCCUGAGCUGAGGUUUGCCUAUGUGGUAGCUACCGUAUUGCUAAGCGUGGUGGUCAGGAAACUGCACCUGCACCCCGUGGAAGGACAAGUUAUAGACAUCAAGUAUGAGCUCGUCACCUCACCGAAGGAGGAAGCGUGGAUAACCGUGUCCAAGAGAAACUGAGGCAACGAGGGAAACCCUUCCUCGC